AUGGCUCGCUCCCGCCUUGCCCUCUCUCCUCGCAAAUUCAUCUUCCUCGCAGUCAGCUUGACUUUUCUGGGCAUCGUAUUGCUCUCUCCCUCGAGAAGAUAUGUUGCGGAAAGAGGUAAAGCAGCUUGGGCGUCGGCAGGCGAACGAUUGGAAGAGGUGGAUCUGUCGGGCUUGCACUUUGACUGGCCUCAGAAUCCUUGGAUGGGAGGCGACGUGUUGGGAAAUAUCAGGACACCACCAGAGAAGCAUGCAGAUCCGCUCAGAACUAGGCGCUGCGAGAGCAAUGGAGGUAGGAUCGUGGACGCAAAGGGGCAUCUCAGACCGACGGUGCAGUACGGCAUCAUGAUCGACGCGGGCAGCACUGGCAGCAGAGUGCACGUCUACAAGGUGGGUGUGACUUUCGAUUGCCGUGCGAUCGCUUUGCUGACCUCCACGCCAUCGCUGCAGUUCAACUACUGCAGCUCCUCGCCCGAGCUGGAAUCGGAAGUGUUUGAAAUGAUCAGAGGAGGACUUUCUUCGUACGGCUCCAACGCGCAAGGUGCUGCAGAUUCUCUGCGCCCGCUACUUCAGACAGCAUACAAGUCCGUGCCGCCAAGCUUGAGGAGGUGCACGCCCAUCUCUGUCAAGGCGACUGCUGGUCUUCGAUUGUUGGGAGCAAAGCAGAGCAAGGAUAUUCUCAAUGCCGUAAGGUAUAUGCUUGAGCACGAGUAUCCCUUUCCCAUCGCGGAUGGGCCCGAUGGACGUGGCAAAGGCGUCGAGAUCAUGGAGGGCAGAGAUGAAGGUGGGUGGGACAGUGCGGCAGAGACGUUUGCGAGGACUGCUCUCGAGGCCUCUGCGCUGACGCACGCACGCACGCACGCACGCCACAGGCGUCUUUGCAUGGAUCACUGUCAAUUAUCUCCUCAAUCGGAUCGGCGUGCAGGGCACCAAUGUCGCACCCAAGACGGCAGCAGUCAUGGAUCUAGGGGGCGCCUCGACGCAGAUCGUAUUCGAGCCCACACCGGGUAGCGGGCCCAUGCCUCCCGGUGCGCACGUCUACACGCUCGAGGGUGAGCAAAGAGUGAAUGCGUGCAAUAUUGAUUCCAGGCGCUGACCACAUUGUCUGCAGGCUUUGGAGGAAGGAACUACACGCUGUACCAGAACUCCUACCUCGGUUAUGGUCUGAUGCAGGCGCGCAAGUCUAUCAAUGCUUUGGCGACGUUCAGCCAUGCCCUCUCCCACCCAUCUGCCGUCAAAUUCGGCCCCUCGACUGGCACGGCGGUGAUCGGCGUCACUGCGGGUGCAGACGCUGCGCGCAUCCCUAGUCCGUGCUUUGCUCCGGGCACGGAAAAAAAGGCCAAGGUGGUGCUGCCGGGACGUGAUGGCGAGGUGGAGGUGAUGCUGACAGGCGCUCCUGGUGGAUUUGCGGGCUGCAAGAGGCUCGUCGAGGUCAUGAUGAACAAGGAUGCGUGAGUUGGCUGCAGAGAUUCGCCGUUGGCAUGCAGACACUCGCUGAUGCCUCGUCACGUAUCGUCUCAAGUGCAUGCGCGACCUCACCAUGCUCGUUUGCAGGCGUCUACCAACCUUCGCUGAUGAACAGCUUUGCCGACUCGCCCAUCGUCGCGCUGUCCUACUUUUACGACAGGCUUGAACCGUUGGGUGUGAAUGGGACAUUCAGCAUCUCUCUCCUCGAGUCGCUAGCCAAGGAUGUCUGUGCGGGCCCAGCCCGAUGGAGCGUGCGCUUCCCGCCAAGCAAGUACCCGGAAGCGCUCAAGGAAUUGCGCGAUAGACCCGAAACGUGCUUGGACCUGACUUUUCAGCACGCCCUGUUGAGUCUAGGAUACGAUCUGGGCGCCAACAGACAAGUCACGGUGGCCAAGAAAUUGGCGGGAAGCGAGUUGGGUUGGUGCGCUGGUGCGCAAUUGAUGACGGUGAGUCGAAGCGUGGUGUACCCAUGCGCUGCACGGCUGACCGUCUUUGCCCUCCCCCCUCUCGUGCGCGCACAGCUGGACGAGGAAGGCGUUCUUUGCAAGGCUUAG